GUUCAAAAGUUCUCGAACUACGACCAAGGGGUUUCCAGCAUCAAGGAUUACUUACUAGUCUGAAUGGAAUCUGUGAAAUUCAAGAACGACUGGAAGAAAUUCACAGAACAUCCACGUCACACUUUCGGCAUCCACUUCACACUUUGGGCAAUGGCGAUCGAGACUGUUGAUUUUGAGCAAUGUCUCCACACUCCAGCUGAUUUGCUACAUUUCUUCCCCGUUCGGGAGACAAACCACGAGCGAGCUCUGAUGAGAGAUUACAAGUUGGCCCAGAACGUUAACAACGCCUACGGCAAUUUUAUUGAGCUCGAUAAGAACAGCUUCUUUCGAACCCAAAGUUCAAAAGUUCUCGAACUACGACCAAGGGGUUUCCAGCAUCAAGGAUUACUGACUAGUCUGAGUGGAAUUAUCCAACUCUUCCUCAGAGUCCAACGUGGGCCAUAUGUCCUUCUGUUGGCGAUCUCCUAUCGGCUCAACAUGAUGGAAAAGCUUAUGGAACACGUACGUCGCCGUCGUCCGACGCAGGAAGUUGCCUACCACGCCCUCUACUGUUACUAUGUGAUGGGACAUUCCAAGGCGGAAGUUGCGGCGGCUUACGGGAAAAGCAUCACCACGAUCAAGAACUGGAUUGUGAAAUACGAGAACAAUGGUGGAAUGAGUGCCGCUGAAAAGCGACGAACGUUCCGUUGUUUCAAGGAGGAGGAGAGAUGCUGGAUUGUCGACUUGUACAAAAAGGAACCUGUCCUUUUCCUCGACGAGGCCAAGUGUAGAUUUGAGCAGCGUUUCGGAAAAUCCAUCAGCCUGUCAACGAUUUCACGCAUUCUCCACGAAGCAGGUUAUACCUGGAAGGUGCUGGAGAGGAGGGCGAUUCAGGUCAAGGUGAAGGAGAUUGCCUUCUACCACGAUGAAAUGUCGGCCUUCCAUUGGGACUUACAUAUGCUAUGCUUUAGUGACGAAAUCUCGGUGGAUAAUCGGGGCGUCUUGCGCACGAAGGGUUACGGGCCGAUCGGCAAGAAAAUCGUUUACCGCGGUGAGUUUACCCGGCAAGCUCGUGUUUCUCUGCUUGCGUUCUUGGGUGAGGAAGGAAUAGUAGAUACAUUCUACACCGAGGAUACGUUCGACCGCACGAAAUUUUUCUUCUUCUGCAAAAAGCUUGCACUAAGUGACAAGGUCGAACCUUACCCGGGCAGAAAUAGUGUUUGGAUCAUGGACGGGGCGCGUAUCCACCUGGAUGCAAACCUGGUUAAUUACCUGCGUCACCUUGGGCUAAAGGUAGUAUUUCUGCCCGGCUAUGCGCCUUUCUAUUCACCGAUCGAAUUUGUGUUUGGGUUCGUGAAGAAAAUGUUGAUCAGAGUGCAUCAGGAAAACGUCAAGUCCAUCCUCACCGAAGUCGCCACAGUCCUGCAAAAGUUCUCGAACUACAACUGCACGGCGCUUUUCGCAAAGUGCGGAUAUCUUUGCGGUGGCAUUUUUGAUCCAGCUCGAGGUCUUGGCAAAAUUACGCCAGCGUGAUAUUUUCUUUUUUUUGUUUGAUUUUUUUUCAAUACAACACAAACACAGUUAUUGUUUACAGUACACAUCACCACACUUACAACUCAUCAACACACUUAAAACACAUCAUAAAUACAAACAUGUAAAUAUGGUAUUACAUUUAUAAGACUGAACUGCAUUAAAAUACUAUGUCAAAAACGAAA